UCGCACAAUCGUCUCGACCAAGGUGACCGUGAGCCACGGAGCAAUCGAGCAAUCAGCGGCAGCUAAGUAGCGUCAUCUCGACGUACGAAAUUCGCCCAGUCGCUCUCGAGUCGCACUGUUGACGAUACACAAUAAGAUUCUCGGAGAAACGUUUUAAAACCGCCGCAGUCUGCAGUGUGUGAAUCGGUGUUUUUAUAUAGAAUAGAAUCACAUUCGAUUCGAUUGCGCGUCGUUGCACGAUUCGCGUCUCGUUCGAAACGUUCGUUUAUUUAUUUUCUUUGUCUAAAGUUUUAAAGUUCGACGCGAUGUUGAAGCAAGAGCGAGAGUUCAUCGUCAACGAAUUGCUGAGCUCCAAGUUCCUGAAGGACAUCGCGGCGAGAAACGUGCACAACGAGGCCAAAGACCCCGAGGAAUCCGACAGGUACAGAAAGGAGGGAAACGCGCUCUACGCCCUGAGCGGACACUCGGCCGUGAUUCACGAGAAGAUCUUGACGCGCUACACGCAGAGCCUGGCUUUCGCACCCUCGAACUCCCUGCAAAUGGCCCUGGCCUACAGCAAUCGAUCCGCACUCCUCUAUCAUUGCGGCAAAUACGUCGACUGCAUGUUGGAUAUCGAGAGGGCCAUGCGCUACGAGCCGCUCUGCAUAAAGAUCAAGAAAAAAUUGAUCGACAGAAAAGUCAUGUGCUUGAAAUAUUUCGACGGCGAGGUGUUUGAUCGUUUAACGGCUAAUGAUGAAUCUUCAACAAAAGACGCAGAUCGUAUUGAAAUGCUCACCAAAUUACUCGAAAAGUCCAAACUCGAGGAUCAAAAACUUGUUUCACAAAAAUUAGUUGAAAGCACUGACAAAGUAGCAAUAAAAUACAAUGCAACUUUUGGCAGACAUUUAGUUGCUACUAAAAACAUAGAACCCGGUGAAAUUAUUUUUGUUCAAAAACCUUAUGUUUCUCAUCUAAAUGUAAGAACACCUUACAGUCAGUGCUGUAACUGCCUAUCGUACGCAUAUUCGUCCAUACCUUGUGAAAAUUGCAACUGGUUUGUAUUCUGCUCAGAAAAAUGUAAAGUUGAUGCAUUGGAAAAUUCUCAUCCUAUUGAAUGUAGCAUCGUACCAUAUAUUCUUCAUUUCCUUGGUGUUAUUCAACAGCAAGUUGAUGAGAAACUAUCGUUUGAUGGUCUUAGCAUUAAAGCAUUUUUAAAGUAUCUCAAAAUUCAUGGUAAUAAUUUAGAAAAAUUAUCAAAAGAGUUGGAAAUCAUUGAAAAUUCCAAAGAUGAACGCUGCAAAGGAUUUAUCAAGAAUGGAAAAAUUGAAAUUGAUGAUUUUCGUAGUUUAUUUAGUCUAACACAUGAAUAUCCUGUCACAGAAAUGAGAAGAUUCAUUAUUUUUGCUUCUGUAACACUUGUAUGUCUAAUGAAAUUCACCAACAUUUUUGGAAAGGUUGAACCAUUUCCUAAUCUUCAAGCAGUAGCUAAUUUGGACUCUCGUGCUGUAUUCGUUGGUGCUUUGCUUCUUCGACUAGUACAAAUAAUCAGUAUUAAUAGCCAUGUGGUAAUGAAUUCUAAUGACAAUUGUAAGUAUGGAUCCUCUAUGACAAAAUGUAGGGCAGAAUUGACUUGUAUCAGAGGAGUUAGUAUUACGCCAUUAGCUAGUUUGAUCAACCAUAGUUGCAACCCUAAUGCAAGAAGGUGUUUUGGCAAGAAUCAAGAAUUUAUAUUAUAUGCUAUACAACCUAUAAAAAAAAAUUAUCAGAUUUUUGACUGUUAUUAUUGCCCAUUUUAUGAUGGACCAGUACUGGAAAGGGCAAAUAUGUUAAAAAUGUUUUUUGGAUUCAAUUGUAAAUGUGAUGCAUGCUUAAAUAAGUGGACACAUUAUUCAUUGACUCAACUAAAUUCAAAAAAUCUUGAUAAUGUUCCAUUGAAUACAAAAGAAAUGAGUACUUGGAAAAAGAAUCAAGAACUUAUAAUGAAGAUUGAAGCACAAGAUAAUUUUGAUAAAAUUGCAGCUCUGAAUAUCAUGUCAAAAGCUAUUUCUUAUUCUGUGUUACACUUGCCUCAAGAUUCUAUCAUUACUUGUAAACUAUUUCGAACGUUAGUAAAGUUAUUCGAAGAUACAUUUGGAUAUGAUACGCAAGUCUUCAAUCAUUGUUAUGGUCAAAAAAAUGUUGACUGAAAAUUUUUUUUUCAAUUAAGUUCGAGUCAGCUACGAGCAACGUAUACAAUCAAUGCACGCAGCAACGGAAGAACGAGGGAGACUCCGGAGCAUUAAUAUCUAUCUAAAGCGCUGAGAUCUCGUCUAAUAUAGAAGGUCAAAUCACGUAUGAAUUUUCUCCGAAUGGUCAUCAUUUUCUAUAGAGAAAUUAAUUGAUAUCCAUGUGAAAUUAUGGGUGAAUAAUUAACUCUGAAAUCAAUUAUCGACACAAUCACGGUGUUUACCUAAUUGGAGAUUCUGUUGCUGGUCUAGCCAUAUACAAUAAAUCUAAUUUCUGAGUAAGUGCUCUCAAUAAGUGAGUAAUAAAAAAGUACAUCCAAAACUUUCACUUACUUAUCCAACAAAAGAUCAUAAAAAGGCGCACAGGCAUCGAAACAAUCCGGUCAAUAAAAUCGCAUAAUUUGUACCCGACAGAGAAGAUGAACGCGCAAUAGUAAUACA